AUGCUCAGCCGAUCGGUUGUCCGCGCCUCGGUGCGCCGCACUACCCCCUUCACGCCCGCUCGCUUCCAAUCCACGACGACCGAGAAGGCCACCGAGGCUGCUAAGGAUGCUGCGAGCAAGGCCGCGCAGGGUCUUUCGCGCGUGACGAGCGCCGCCGGUCCCGCUAUUAGCGGCGCGGCGAAGGGUGUUGCUGGUGCUCUGGGCAAGGUUGGCGGAAGGACGGGCAAGGUCGUCAACUUCCUUGAGAGGCAAACUCCCUUCGUCGUCUACUACUCCAAGGUCGCCGCCGAAGUCGCCAAGAUCGUCUUCAGGGGCCAGAAGAUGUCUCCUCCCUCCGCCGCCACCUUCCAGUCCUUCUACGAGAGCGCUUGGCAAAGCAUCCGACAGCCCAGCAAGAUCGCCGACACCGUAGCCCAGACCGUCAAGUCCGGCGCCCAGAAGCCCGCCGGCUACAUCCCCGGCAUCAGCAACGCCCAGCUCGCCGCCGGCGGUGUCGUCCUUGCCGAGUGCCUCGGGUUCUUCACUGUCGGAGAGAUAAUCGGCCGAUUCAAGCUUGUCGGAUACCACGGUGAGCCUGCCGCCGCCCACCACUAA